AUGGAGACUCUUCUGUUCGCGCUUUGCGCCGCUGUUGUCGGGCUUCUUUGCCCUGUGAGGACGGCGGCUGAGGCAACAAUCACCUUGACCGGCUCAGAUAUCCCGACGUCCAUUUCGAUACACGAUGGAAUGCCAACUGGGUCAAGUAGACUCAGCCAGUCGACUUCCACGAGCAGUUCGACGUACUCGUCCGAAAGUUUUUAUACCACUACAUCUGACAGCUACACCUUGCUGGUUGGCAGCCAUACCACCAGCACCGUGACUGCAAACGAGACCACGCUGUCUGGAAACGCUACAGCUACCGAGACAUCUCGGGAGCCCCAGCCUUCAAACACCAGGCCAUGCAACGGAUACCCUGAAUUCUGUGCUCGAAGCUACGGCAAUAUCACGCAUGUGGCAGCUCAUAACAGCCCCUUUGUUCGACCGGGGAAUAUUGCUAGCAACCAGGAACUUGAAGUGGUCACCCAGCUCAACGAUGGCAUUCGGAUGCUCCAAUUCCAAACUCACUUUGUGAACGGAACUAUCUACCUCUGCCAUAGCUCGUGUGAUUUGCUAAAUGCUGGCACGUUGGAGAGCUACCUGAAGAAGGUUGCAGAGUGGCUCAAGGCCAACCCAUACGAUGUAGUAUCCCUCCUCAUCGGCAACGGAGACUUCAUCAAGGCCACGAACUUUACCGCACCGAUCCAGAGCUCUGGUUUGAUAGACCACGUCUUUACGCCCAAGAAGCCAUCGCUUGCCCUGGACGAGUGGCCCACGCUCUCUGAGAUUAUCCUGUCCGGCAAAAGGGCGGUGAUCUUCAUGGAUUAUGAAGCCAACCAGGGCGACGUCCCGUACAUCCUUGACGAGUUCGCGCAUAUCUGGGAGACCCCGUUCUCGCCAACGGACAGGAACUUCCCCUGCGACGUCCAACGGCCACCUAAUCUCAACGAGGCAGACGCCAGAAAGCGCAUGUACAUGGCAAACCACAACCUGAAUCUCGAGAUCAGCAUCGCUGGGGCCACCAUUCUCGUGCCUAAUUUCGUCCUCCUGAACGAGACCAACGCGGUAUCAGGAUUCGGCAGCUUGGGCGCAAUGGCUGGUAACUGUACAGGUAUUAUCUUCUUCUCUUUCGUCUGUGUAUACGUACUUAUAUCUCUUACAGAGAAAUGGGACCGUCCUCCGAACUUCCUCCUAGUGGAUUAUUACAAUGUGGGCAACGUAAAUGGCUCCGUCUUCCAGGUUGCUGCCGAGCUCAACAACGUCACAUACAACGGCAAAUGCUGUGGGCGAACCACUUCUCUCGCCUCUGGCUCCGUCUUUUCUGGUCUAUCCUCGAGCCUUCAAAUGAUUUACUCGGUGAUCAUGAUCAACAUUGUCGUUAUGACGAUACUAUGA